CUGACGGUUCGAUGAUGAUGGUGCAGUCCGAUCAGUCUCCUCGCUUAUCGCGCGCUCCGUUGGCUGAAGGUUCUUUCGCUGCUUUGGAGCCGCGGCAGUAACAGUGCCAGGGUUUGGUCGCACGUACGGGUCUACUUCGCUUUUUUCGUGAACUGUGGCGAUCCUAACGCAAGUGGACGACGCGCGUGGUUUAUGGAAAUUGCUUGUCGGUGGAUCACCGGUUUGGGAGAAUUUUUAUGUGAAAUCACAGUGUCAGAAUAGUACGUGACGGAUUUGUGUAUGUACGCACUGUGCAGCUAUUCAAAGUAGAUUCCCGAUUGAAGGAAUGUGUUGAUCUUGAAUUGGAAAUUGGAAUUCAUGGGCCAAUGUGUAAUGGUUUUUGGCAGAAGUAAGUGCUUUAAUUCGUGCCUGUCGAACGUGCAACAAUAAAUUCUACUAUACCGCGUCGUUCGGGGUCAGAUCUUUAGUGAAUAAGCCCACAUCGCCCAAGUGCAGAAUGCGUAUCGAUUAUUGAAGAUCACAUGAGAUGGAUUAGUGCUGAAUGAUAGGAGCAAUCGCCUAGGGGAAAUUGCUUAAUGAGUUGCUUUGAAGAAGAUUAUAGUCUUCAUUAUCUGUGUCAUUCCCGGGCACAUUGCAUUGAGUGAAUAUGUACCUUGCUUGUGACAUAAUAAUCAAUCAAGCCCAUCGGGUGGCAAGUGCUAGAUAGUGAAGAAGUAGGAAAAAGCGGAAGUUUUGCUUGGUGUUCAGUGCAGACGGGGUCAGUCAGACAACCGAUUGGCGCAUCCAGACGGACAGUUGAGUUAUUGCAUAUCAUUAGCACGGAUUUUUUUUUACGCUCAUUGUUUGUUGUCAUCAAUCAACGGUACUUUCGACUUUCGAGUGGCGAGCAGCAAAGAAUCGGAAUUGUAGCUGUGAAGGUUAGUUUUUGUGACACGUUGCAUGCGACUUUCCCGAUUGCUAUGAACAGAAUCACAGGCAGAUAAAGAUCCCUUGAAUGUAACUCCAAUUUGAUGCCUUAUUUUCUGCGUUAAUAAACUAAAGAUGUCACGUUCAAACUUUCAACGGUCUCAGAGUCGUGUCUGGUACGGCAAUGGCACUGUACCGGAUAAUCCGUUUUACGGAGGAGCGUUCGGCACGGGUAGUGGGUAUUAUUUUCACUACAAUCAGCUGCAGGAAGGCAGACAACCGUCAUCGUUGAGGCCUUCGAUACCGAUCGGCUUUCAGGAUUUGGACGAAGAGGAAGAGCUGCUACUGGAGCAGCAGACACCCGAAAAGCAAACAAAUAGUGCGAGUGCGAAUAUAAGCGGCAUCAGUAGUACCAGUAAUAUAUCUGCCAGGGUUGGCAGCACAGUUUGGAAUGAAUCCAAUCGCCAGGGCAGUCCCGCUAGUCAUAAAAGUCAGGACUCAGGGUUCUCGGAUACAGAACUCUCUCCAAAUAUGCCAUCGAUUGGCAACAACACGAGCUCCCACAGUAAAAACUUCAACGAAAACCAGUCUUCCCCAGACAAGCUCACACCAAAGCGUACCAUAAAUGAGCAGCUCUUUCAGCGAUCACCUUCAAUCUCCAGUGAAGUCUCCACCCCACCAACAGUUAUUCGACGGCCUGCACCGGACAUCACCCGCGAAGAAAUUACUGUGCGUCGAAUAUCCUACAGUGAACCCAAUUCACCCUCAGUGUCCCCUCCAUCUCCAUAUGACGAUCUAGUCUCAAAAAUCGAUAGCCUUAAUUUCGAUAAUACUUCACCCCUCGAAACUAGUCAGCUGAGUAUAAGAAUCAACGCUACCGAGGAAGAAGCAGGUCCUCUGUCUUUAACAUCCUCGUCUACCUCCUCCUGCCAUUGUCCCUCUCGAAGCAGUGGUAGUUCUCUUAAGCGAGGACGUGUCAUUACCAAAUGUAGUCGGGUGAAAAGAAAUCUCAAUAAUCAGUUGCGGGACUCCGAAGAGGAAAUGAUUUCCCUGGAUAGCAGCGAGUUGACGAAUAUCCUUAACCAGACUCUUUCACAAGACGUCACCUUAUCGAACCUGAAUACUCCCAAAAGCAUUCUCAAAACUCCGCCGUCCUACAACAAUGAAACCGUACUUCUUGGAUACGUUUCCCCAGACCGUAACAACAAUCUUCGCAACGACGAUAGAAUCCCAACUCGUGAGAAAGAACUCCCCACCUACGCAGAGCUCUAUCCCAACGGAACCUCCACCCCAAUCAUGUACCAACCAAAGUUUUAUCGUUCGCUCCCACCGACCCCCACCCGAACUCAACGUUCUCCCGUCAAAUUCCGUCCCACCAAGCUCAUCGACAACUUCUACGAAGAACCCGACGUCGAUCUGACCAACCAACGGCUCUCUCAGCAAACCGACCUCAACUUCACCGAGUACGAAAACCCACUCCUGAACGGCCACACCCCAGCCGUUCAGUCGUGGCUCGACGGACUCCGGUUCUCCUACCAAAGCGAAGUAAUGUCCAUCCUUCAAACGAAAUCCAUCAGUGUGGAAGCCACCCGUAACGUUAAGAUGACAUCCGCGACGGCGGUCAAACUGAUUCGUCACCUCCAGUCCAAAGUGGUCGACCUGCAGGGUGAGUUCGAGAAGGUCGAGAAAGUGUUCGCCUCGAUCAAGCGCUACCAGCAGCAGCAGGAUGAAGAAGAUGAGGACGAUGAAAAGGAGAUCUAUCAGAAGGCGGCUCCUUUGGUGCAGAGCCUUGCCGCCAACAUCUACCAGUUUGUGCAGAAGCAGAAAUCCAAUGACUACUUUGGGAAGGACCCACUCGAGCGAGCAGAUCUCAAGAAGUUCCACGAAAACACUCAGUCGCUGGUCGACAUGACGACGGACCUUCGAACGGCAGCUGCCAAUGGCGAAGAAUUCGAUUACCGAUCGGUGGAAGAAGAGGUCCAGAUCAUCAAACGGUACUUCCUCAUCACGACCAGGUUGAUCUUCAAGAAUUUGGUGAAAGUGAUCGUUGACACGAUCGAGGACUCCAAGUGCGACCUGAUACUGCGCUCGAAUCUUAGCUACGUGUCGAUGUUGUCCAACCUGGACUACCAGGGACUUGCGUCGCUGAACGACGCUUUCAUUUCCAACGGAACGGUGCGGGCCCUGCUGAUCGUGUGCAUCGAGUGUAAGUUCUCGUCGAUCCGGGCGUUGGCCCUACGGGCGCUGGCAACGGUAUGCUCGACGACGGAAACCAUCCGGCAGCUGGAGAAAGCCGACGGGGUGGAGAUUUUGCGGGACAUACUGGCCGAUCAGCGGUCGAACGAACGAAGCGAACCGGAAUUCCGGGAAGCCGUUUCGGUGCUGACGCAGAUUACGGCACCGUGGCACGGCGAUGACCACCGGAUCGAUGGGUUGAAGCAGCACGUGCACGCGAUCGUGGAAGCCGUCACAGAGAUUGUCGAUAAAACAACCUGCUGUCAGACGCUGCUGCUGUGCUCUGCGUGCCUUAACAACCUGACCCGCAUCGAGGCCACCGCCGUCUACUCGUUGAUGUCCCACGAGACCACCGGGAAGCUGAAGGCAGCAGCCGAACGACGAGGCCCCGGCGCAUCGGUAUUCCUUUUUGAGCAAAUCACGUCGAUGCUGUUCAACAUGUCCUCCAAUAAAAAAUCCCACCACCAUUUGGCCGGCCGACCGUUGGUCACCUUCCUCACCGGUACCUUCAAUCAGAAGUUCUACGAGCGGAUGGACAGCCGCGUGGAAACCGAAGCCCAGCGCAAGACAAUCAAAAACAUCCUGCACGUCCUGUCCCGGCUGGUGGUGAGCGGUGCCAUUGGAUCCCACGACGAACUGCUCGAGUCAACCAUCGUGCCGAUUUUCUCCCGCAUCCAGCGCACCCUGGACGAUCGGAACGAGCACUUCCGGGACAUUUCCCUGUUGAACCGACGGCUGAACGAAAGUCUCUCCGGUGGGACCCCGAAGACAACCCCACCGCCGGCAACGCUAUCAAUUCUAACGACCACGGCCACGUCAACCGCAAAUCCAUUCGUAACGCGAUUAACCAUCGAGCGGAGGCCCAAUGGGGGCAUCGUUAUGGUGGACAACAACCGUCAGGAGAGCUAUGUUUGAUUAAUCGAGAGGGUGGAUUCACAGUCUCUGUCAGCAGUGCUGCUCAAAGCACAGUGGCUUGGAUUUGGAAAACAGCGUGAUCGUUCUUAAAAUUUGGUGUUUCACACGGGGUUCUGAACCACCGUGCAUUUUAACAGGAUUCGCUAAGCUUUUAAUGCGAUUGACUUGCGUUGUUGUCCGGUUUGGCGGAAAUGGAUCCGCGAGGGCUCGGUAACAUAAUCAACUGAGUUGGGCACCAACAUUUCAGCCAGGAUUCGAUACAUUAUUCAUGAAGAGAAUAAAUACGUUUGCUACGACAGCAUUGAAUUGUGUUACAUACAGGGAAGGGAGUUGUGAUUGAGAGCCACUACUGUAUCUAGUAGUGGAGAGGACUUUUCGCGAAAAACAAACCAGUUUGUAACGAUUUUAGUGGCAGUUUAUCAGUGAAAUCUAAUAUCGAUGUAUGCAAAUGCAGUGCCAAAUAAAUCGGGUGUCGAUAGAAGAGACCAAAUUGAAUAAUGGUCUAAGCAGGAAUACCUUAUCGUGUAGGUGCCAUAAUGGUUUUAUUGUGUAGAAUGUUUAUAGAAAUAGUUUAUCUAUUCAACGAAAAUAAAUAAUAUAUUUGAAUGUUUUGAUUAGGUUUUAGAUCGAUUUUAACAUACCUUCAUCUAAAUUGUAAUUUAUCAUUCGAAUUCAAUUCUAUUUAAAUUGUAAAUACACGGAUUUGAUCAAUCGGAAAUAA